AUGGCCAUCCAGCCUGACCUUUGGGCAUUCGAGUGUCUAAUUGAAGUCUUGUUCUGCUUGCCCGGAAAAAUGACGCCUCUUAUUGCUGUGCUUCUGGCCGUAUUGUACGCCACCGUUGCGUUGGGCGAUUCAUGCCCUGUUAUCACCCAACAGCUCAGCGAUCCACCUUAUGAGAACUACUUCUACUCUGAUUGCAAUACUGACGCGCAAGUCGUUGUUACGAGUCCUCUACCAGACAGUAACCUGUCGAUUAUCGGACCUCGUCUCAUUGUUGCGUGGCCUGCGGGGAACAGCGGUAUAUGCACUUUCUUCCAGCCCCAGGACGAGAAGAAUGGCACUCUAGCUAUUGAGCUGGUCAAUUCGACUUUGGGAUCGCCACUCGGUGUGAUCAAUCGGGAAGAAAAGGAUUCAGACUAUCCCUUUGUAGGAGUGGAGGGUGUUGUGUCAUUCAACUCGUCGGCGAAUCUCACGGUUGCUAUCCUUGGCUCAAUCCGGAACAUAAGGGAUUUUACAGAAGGGCCGAGUAUCAUUAAUCCUGUGAUUCAAAAUGCCACAAACGUCACGAGAGUGAAGAAUGGUGGUGUUCUUAUAUCAAGAUUAUGGUUGGACAAUGUGACGACAACGAACCUGUUGCUGGAGCCUUGGCAGAACAAGGAUAUCAGCUUGUCAAUAUAUAACGGCACUGUUAGUUUUGGUGCAGGCUUCUACAAGUUCUCGGCGUCCUUCAAUUAUCCUCAACUGAAACAAUUAUCUCCUCAACAAGUCCUCAACAACCAGUCGCAAUCACUCGCCAAGAAAGAGCAGUCGGAGAUCAGGUCGCUAUCCUUCUUCUCAUACACCGACAAGCUGCUCGCAGGUGGUUGGCGGUUCUUGACCUACUUCGGCCGAGACACCAUGAUCUCCGCGCUCUUACUCGAACCUGUACUCAGCGCAGGAAAUAACUCGGCUCUAGAAGCAGUUAUAGGCGCCGUCUUGGAACGGAUCAAUCGCACGGACGGCUCGGUCUGUCACGAAGAGACCAUCGGUGACUACGCGACGCUUCUUAACUUGCAGAACGGCAUUGAUUCGACAGCACCAGGCUUUACAUAUCCCAUGAUUGAUACAGACUACUUCUUGCCAGUCCUCAUGGAUCGAUAUUUCAACGCUACACCAGCGCGAGUCAAAUCAUUGCUGGGCACAAAGGCUGGCGAAGUUGAUGUCGAGAACCGAAAUCUGACAUGGGGCAACUUGAGCUACAUCAACGCACAGAAGAUCAUGAACAUUACAGCAGCGUUUGAGAAAGAACAAUCAGUGAAGAACUUGAUUCAGCUCAAGAAGGGUGAACUGGUUGGUCAAUGGCGAGACUCGACAUAUGGUCUUGCUAAUGGACGCAUACCCUUUGACGUAAACUGCGCUCUCGUCCCAGCGGCACUCUACGCUAUUUCCAACUUGGCCACGGUUGAAGGAGUGUAUCCCAAUAAUUCUGUGACCAAGUCUUGGAGUUCUGUUGCGGCGAAGAGGGCCAAGAUUUGGGAGGACAAUACCUUGCCGUUGUUCCAGUAUAAUCUCACUGUCAAGACAGCUACAUCGAAUCUCAAGGACUACGUCAAAGAAAAUACCUUCUACGACGGAUCAACCCAUGCAGAUUCAGUUGCUAACUACUCGUCUUCUGGGAAAGUCAUUGACUACGCUCUGGUCAUCAACACGACUGAGGAUGAGCAGAAGAUACGUAUCACGCAUACUGAUACGGCAUUCCGUCUGUUUCUUCUCAACUCAACCAAUGACGCUCAGCUCACGACUUUCUUAAACGCAACAGCCAACUCCAUCCUUCGUCCAUUCCCAGCGGGUCUGAGUACUCCCCUCGGCAUCGUGGUGGCAAACCCUGCACUAGCAGGCAACGAAGUCUUCACCGCCAACUUCACCAACGCCGCAUAUCAUGGCACCGUAGUUUGGAGCUGGCAACUCGCACUCAUGGCCAAGGGUCUCGAGCGUCAGCUUGCACGAUGUUCAUCAUCCCAGUCCUCGGAUGACGAUAAUGUUCCUGCGUUCUGCAGCAAUACCGGGGUGCGAACUGCUUUAAAAAGCGCUUACAAUCGUUUGUGGGAUAUCAUUGAGGAUAAUAGCGAGAGAUUGCAGUCUGAGGUCUGGAGCUGGAGUUAUAGUUCGAAGAGUGGUUAUAAGUUCGCGCCUCUGGGAACGUUGCCGCCUCCGCCGGGACUUGGCUCUGGAACGGAGAGUAAUGUUAGGCAGUUGUGGAGUUUGACAUUCUUGGCUGUGAGGAGGAACAAGGACUUUUCUUGA